AUGUCCUCGGUUCCACUGGAGAAGGUUCCUGAGAAGCCUUUCUCCCAUGUGCUGAUAUUGAAUGGUUAUGAAGAGGGGGAUCGGCAUCGGUCUGCAUUGUCUUCGAUUGCGAUCUCGACGGACACCGGUCGAGAUACGGGGAGCUCCGUCCCAGCCGGGGCAAGCCUUUGGUUGAUCUCUGUCUGA